CCUAGAAAAAUAGUCUGUGCUGUCAAGUUUCUUGUAGCCAAAGAAGGGUAGCCAAGCAACGGCUGACUCCCAACUGAGAGAGGGAGAGAGAUGGAUCCAAAGCUGACGGAGGUUUCGCAACUGUUCGAGCGAUUCAAAGCCGCUUUCGUACGGAACGAUUUUGAUACCUGUGCAAAACUCCUCUCUCAACUCAAGGUUUCUCUGACAGAAUUUAAAAGUCUUCCUCCUUUAUUUGAAGAAACACCUAAUGCGCUUCAUGAGUUGACAGUAGCAAGGGAUAUAUAUGAGCAUGCAGUUCUUCUUAGUGUGAAGACCGAGGAUCAGGAUGCCUUUGAGAGGGAUUUUUUCCAGCUGAAACCUUACUAUACAGAUGCAUGUGGACGUAUUCCAUCAUCCCCUCAGGAGUACCCCAUCUUAGGUCUCAACCUUUUGAGACUUCUUGUGCAGAAUAGAAUUGCUGAAUUCCACACAGAAUUGGAGUUGCUUUCUGCCACUGCUCUGGAGAAUCCUUGUAUCAAACAUGAUGUGGAAUUAGAGCAAUCCUUUAUGGAAGGAGCUUACAAUCGUGUCUUGAGUGCUAGACAGACAGUCCCUCACGAAACAUACGUUUAUUUCAUGGAUCUACUGGCAAAGACAGUCAGGGACGAGAUUGCUGGAUGUGGUGAGAAGGCAUAUGAUUCUCUUUCAAUUAAUGAUUGCAGACAAAUGUUGCUGUUCUCUUCAGACCAAGAACUUCUUGAAUAUGUCAAGGAGGAGCACCCUGAGUGGGAGUUAAAGAAUGGAUUUGUAAUUUUUCAAAGGGCAAAAGAAUCUGCACCUUGCAAGGAGAUACCGUCUUUGCAACUCAUCAAUCAGACACUGAGUUAUGCAAGGGAGUUGGAGCGGAUUGUUUGA